UGUAUGCUGUCUGCAUUAUCUGGGGCUGUCGGAGACUGUGCUGCGGGUCCCUUUAGCGAGAGGAUAUUAAGCGCACUGCACGCUAUUCGUGAUCAUUUUUUUAAAACACUCGUUCUGGACUGCUAGCGCAGUGAUCAUUUACCGUGCCGGUUAUGGAUAUCAUUUAGAAGUAAGGGGAAGCCGAAAAAGAAAACCGUCUGCAGCUGAAACACUCCUGCCUGCUUUUGACCUAGUGAGGAUGCUGUCAUCUCGCCCGGCUCUUUGACGAGGGCAAUCCCUCUCUCCGGCUAGCCUUAGCCUAUUUAACCUAGCUAGUUUACCGUUUUCCCCCCCGUCUGUGGCGAGCUCUCCUCCCCUCCCGGUGACAGAAGGACCGGGUGCACAUCCCUUGAAAAUAUAUUCGCGUUAGCCAUAUCAUUUCGUCGUUGGAGCGAUUGGGGGAUUUUGUCUCCCGUUCGGUUUUUUAAUGACUGGUUUCGUGUUUUGCUGCGCGAUGUACAUGGAUAAAACCAGUGUGCUCCGGGGCUCCUCCUCUUCCAGUCCCAGGCUCCUGACCAAGAGCCUCUCCCUGGAGCCCGGCCCCUGCCUCGGGGCCCACGAGACACCUCAGCGCCUCUGCUCCGACCCCGGGCCUCUGGGACCCCGCCACUGCAAUGGGACCAAUGAAAGGGGCCCUCCAGAAGUCUCCGCCCCCGCUCCUGCCCCCGCCCCGUCCCCCGCACCGACUCCAGCCCCCAAAACACGACCGCCCUUGCCUGGGCCCAAGCCACAAGUGCCCCCAAAGCCGCCUCACUUGCAGAGCGGGCGGCGACCGAGGGCUCCCGACAAGCCCCUCCCCCCGCCUCCAUCCCGGCCCCUCCCCGCAGAUCCCCGCUCCGCCCGAGUUGCCCUGCCACACGCGGAGGGGGGUGCCCCCCCCAGCUGCGUUCUCUCGCUCAUCGAGAAAUUCGAGAGAGAGCAGAUCAUUGUUGUGCCGGAUAUCACCGGGGGCGCCCUGUGUACCCCCAGAAUCCCGGAGCCGCAGUCCGGAACGGGAGUAUCGACGCCCCCAUUGUCAGAGCCCCCUGUACCCAGCCCCGAACCUCAGGAGGUCCAGGAAGCGGCCCUGGCCGUGGCCGACACAGAGGAGGAGGAGGGCAAAGACAGGGACGGGGAGGAGAGGGAGGAGGAGAAGGAGCUAGGUGCCGCCUGCUCGGAAAGGCGACUGUCGUUGGAGUCGGGUUACAGCACCUCCGAUAAACUCUUAGACGCCCUGGAAAUGAGGGACCUGCUGGCCAGCCAAUCGGAUGUCCCCCUCGACCGCCUCUCCCUCCCCCCGCCCCAGACGGACGGCAAGCUGGCCAAUCGGGACAGCGGCAUCGACAGCAUCAGCUCCCCCUCCCACAGCGAGGAGCUGUGCUUCGCCGGGGAGGAGGAGAGGGCGGGGCCGGAGAGGGAGGCCUGCCCCUGCAGCCCAGCCCUGACCCUGCCCCGCCUCUCCUCCUCCUCCUCCUAUGGCUGUGCGGAGGGGCCGGGGGACGAGGGCGGGGCCUCCGGGGAGGGGGCACGGGACUCGGAGGGGGACAGCGACAUGGAGGAGGGGAGUGGGGACGAGAGCGAGCUCACCCCCACCGCCCUGCAGCCCCUUGCCCUGCCCAAAACCGAGCGGCAGGACUCCUGUGAGCUCUCAGUGCAGCAGAGGGUGUUCAAUAUCGCCAACGAGCUGCUGCACACGGAGAAGGCCUACGUGUCCAGGCUGCACCUCCUGGACCAGGUGUUCUGCUCGCGGCUGAUGGAGGAGGCGCGCUCCCGCAACUCCUUCCCCUGCGAGGUGGUGAUGGGCAUCUUCUCCAACAUCUGCUCCAUCUACUGCUUCCACCAGCAGUUCCUGCUGCCCGCGCUGGAGAAACGCAUGGAGGAGUGGGAGCUGAACCCUCGAAUCGGGGACAUCCUCCAGAAGCUCGCCCCCUUCCUCAAAAUGUACGGGGAGUAUGUGAAGAACUUCGACCGCGCCAUGGAGCUGGUCAACACCUGGAUGGAGAGGUCCUCCCAGUUCAAAGCCAUCAUCCACGACAUACAGAAAGAGGAGAUGUGCGGGAACCUGACGCUGCAGCACCACAUGCUGGAGCCGGUGCAGCGGAUCCCGCGCUACGAGCUGCUGCUCAAAGACUACCUGCACCGGCUGCCGGAGGACGCCGACGACUUCAAGGACGCACAGAAAUCUCUGGAGUUAAUAGCGACAGCUGCGGAGCACUCCAACGCGGCGAUCAGAAAGAUGGAGCGAAUGCACAAGCUAUUGAAAGUGUACGAGCUGCUCGGGGGCGAGGAGGACAUCGUAAACCCCACCAACGAGCUCAUCAAAGAGGGACACAUCCUCAAACUGUCAGCCAAGAAUGGCACCUCCCAGGACCGCUAUCUCAUACUAUUCAAUGACAGGUUACUGUACUGCGUCCCCAAACUGCGGCUCAUUGGACAGAAGUUUGGAGUCAGGGCCAGGAUCGAUGUGGAUGGGAUGGAGCUGAAAGAGACCAGCAGUGUGAAUGUGCCGAGGACGUUCCUGGUGUCAGGAAAGCAGCGGUCCCUGGAGCUGCAGGCCAGGACUGAAGAGGAGAAGAAAGACUGGAUCCAGGCUAUCCAGGCCACCAUUCAGAGACAUGAGCAGACACUGGAGACGUUCCGGGUGCUCAACUGCUCCUUCCGGGAUGAGGACUACACUCCCCCCAACUCUCCAAACUGUACGGAGCUGGGGAAGCGUGCUCCCACUCCUAUCCGGGAGAAGGAGGUCACUCUGUGCAUGAAGUGCCAGGAGCCCUUCAACUCCAUCACCAAGAGGCGCCACCACUGCAAGGCCUGUGGACACGUGGUGUGCGGAAAGUGCUCCGAGUUCCGGGCUCGGCUGCUCUACGACAACAACCGGGCCAACCGCGUGUGCGUGGACUGCUACACCACGCUUCACGGCGUCCCCCCGUCCCCCGCCGGCCUGCCCAGCACCACGCAGAGACGUCGCUCCAUCCUGGAGAAACAGGCCUCGGUGGUGGCGGAGAACAGCGUCCUCUGCAGCUUCCUGCACCAUAUGGAGAAAGGAGGGGGGCGUGGCUGGCAGAAAGCCUGGUUCGUCAUCCCGGAGAACGAGCCCCUGGUCCUCUACAUCUACGGGGCGCCGCAGGACGUUAAGGCCCAGCGUAGUAUCCCUCUGAUUGGGUUCGAAGUGUCCCAUCCUGAGCCGAGUGACCGGCUGGAGCGUCGAAACGCUUUCAAAAUCAGCCAGAGUCACCUGACCGUUUACUUCAGCGCUGAAGGGGAGGAGCUGCAACGCCGUUGGAUGGAGGUCCUGUCGAGGGCGGGGCGAGGGGAGGAGCUACAAGCUCACGCCCCUAUCUCAGAGUCCGUAGAGGAAGAGGGGGAGGAACCAGUAUGUACAGGGGAAAAUACGUGAUUGGUUGAUGUGUGAUCGAUGACGCCCAUUGCACAAACACCCAUACAACACACAAACACACACACACAAUCUCACACAAACAUACACACACACACACACAAUCACACAUACUUACACACACAUCCACAUACACACGUUUAUAUUAAUUGUCGGUGGUCAGUUGCAUGAAAUACCUACAUGUUCAAUUUCUUCUUGUAUUAUUCAUCUUGUGAGUUGACGGGUGUUUGCAAAAUCUGCCAAAAAUGUACCUACCCCUAAAGAAAACGUAUAGAGAUGUAGUUAAUACAGAGUAGCGCAAAUGUUUUCUGCUACACCAACACCCUCAGCACAACCUUUUUCUGCCAAAUGUUCAUUUUUUUUUUAGUGUGUGGUUUUUAAAUGAGUGAUUACUGUGGAAGUACGGAGUGUCUGUGACGUGGUACACGUUGGCAGAAGGCUAUUUGUGCCCACCUUUCGCUGGAUUGGCUGCGUUCAGCCCGUUCCCUGUUGUCCUGGAUGUGGUGAAAUGAAGCUUGAGAGGACGUGUACGGGUGACUGAGAGAGACUGAGGGCUGAGCAUGCAGUCAGUGGUGCAGGCCCAGAGCGCUCCCAGACCCAGCUGCAGCUGGAGAAACAGGACUCGUGCAGCUGACACACACUACAGACCGCCGGGAGACAAACCCACCUCCAUUUUACCCCGUACAGCACGUUAGCAAACCCAUUGCUGCAGAAGCUGUCUGAGGAUCUCUUGGAAGAUUUGCUGUCUUCUGUGUCUCAACAAAACGUGUCCGCCCCUGCGAUCAGUAAUCAGAUUCGGACUUCUUUGUAUACAAGCCUUUUUUUUCUGUCUCCAGGAUGUUGCUGUUUAGCUCAAACCCCGAGAGAACCCUCAGAGUGUGAGUCACUGAUUUCAGGGCUCCGCUGCCAGUGACAUUCUGUGAAAUGAAACGCAGAAGGAUUUAGUGAUGGAUUCGAGAACACUGCUGAAGGUUUGACGACAAUUGGUUAGAUAGACAGAUCCCCACCCCCACUCAGCCCUAGCUGUUCUGAGAUGAGGCUAACAAAUGUUCUCAUUUCCCUUGUUAGAUCGUGUUAAUUAUUUUCCAACUGACCCAUGAUAUCACUACAAAAGCAGCCCACUUUAGAUAGCUUGACCUACCCAGUUAAAAUUACUAAUUCCUGUCAAAUGCUUUUUGUCAGCCAGGCUCCUUGACUUGACUCAGUACACAUGAUCCACUGGUCCUUUUUUUUUGCUGCAGCUCCCCUGCCAUCCAGUGGACAUGUCAGGGUAUUGCACUCUAAUGUACACCAAAGAGCAAAUGCAUUUUACCAGCAGUGCUACGUUAUUGUUCUGCAACAGGUCUGUUCCAAUUCUGCUGAGUUUGAAUGUGGUUGAAAAUAAAUGUAGUAGUAGUCAGUGUUGCUCAACAUUUUCAAAGUUCUGGUUUAAUGGGUAGGCUUUUCAGCUGUGUGAGCGUGCACUAAAUUGUUUUCAGAAGGGACAUUUCGUCUUGAUUUUGCACUUUCUGUACAAAUCACAUAAUUUUCUUUUUUUUAUUCUUAAGAUUAUUCUGUCACCCCGUGCAGGUUGUUUUUAAACAGGCAGUGGAGCUGGACACAGUGUGAUUAUUUUGUGACCUUUAGAUCAGCUACAGUCAGAAGAAGUGACGAUGUGGAAUAUUUAAGUGGUUACUGCUACUUUGCCUUCUGCAUGUUGUGGCAUCCACACCUGCAGACCAAUCAAGUGCAGUUUACUGAAAAUAGUUUUUAACUUGUACAUGUGUACAAAAUGCAGAGCUAGCGUCCCAUAUAAUCCUGUAUAAAUGAUAUGUUGAAGUUAAUUGCAAAGUGAACAGGUGGCUAAUCAGGAAAAUUAAUUCUAUCCCAAAAUAUUCCAGCCACAUGUUGACAUAUCCCUCUCAACUUCAUUAAGAUUCUUGUGCUGGGGUGAUUGAUUAGCAUGGGGAACAGACCCAUAGCCGUGUGGUGAUAGAGGUCAGAUACAAAUUUACUACAAUCCCAGUCAAAUAAAGAAAAAAUAGUUAUCCCUUAUCUUACAAAUCUUGUCCAAAAGUGACAUUUUGGAGUGCUAGUGGUCUCUGAUGCAGAUGCACAAAUUAAUUAGGAAUGUGUGACUUCACAUCUUAAAUAGGGUCUGGUCC